GUCACCGUCGGUGGUCACGCAGCGCCAUUUCAACGUCGUACGUGUUUCAAAGUAGUUAUUGUUUCGUAUUGUAAUUUGUAAUUAAUUGUCCUCAUCAUGGCUGACGAUUUAAUUAAUGUAAUUUUAAACGAUGGAGUUAAUAACUAUUCGUACGGAAAAAAAUUUGAACUAAGAAAUAAAAAACCAUGUCCCUUAUUGAAUUUAACGACAGCUGACGGAAAAACAACUUGAAAAUUUCAAUUCGUGUGGUAUUCAAAAUAUAAAUGGCUUACUGGUAGUCAGGGAAAUAAGAAUUAGCUUUCCGUGGACACGAUGUACAAAAAAGCUCAUUAAGUAAGGGUAAUUAUUUAGAGCUAUUUGAACUCUUAUUUCAAGAAGAACAAAUACUCAAGAACAUUUUUUGUCGAACUCUUUAUUUAAAGGAACGUCUAGUGAUGUGUAAAAUGAUUUAAUUGCUUGUAUUACAGAUGUUGUAAAUACUAAAAUAAUGAACGAUUUAAAAAGUGCAAAGUUUGUGUCUAUACAAGCCGAUGAAACCACCGAUGUAUCGUGCAAAUCACAAAUGAUUAUAAUUUUAAGAUACGUUGUUGACAACAAUAUUGAAGAGAGAUUUAUAGGUUUUUUUGACGUAUCAAAAGAUAAAAGUGCUGUUGGACUCUCAAAUAUUUUAUUGGCAGAAAUAACCAAAUGGAACAUAAACGAUAAAAUUAUCUGUCAGACUUAUGAUGGAGCAGCCGUCAUGGCAGGAAAACAAAAUGGAGUCCAAGCCACUAUUAAAAAAACUUAUCCAAAAGCCCUAUUUAUUCAUUGCUAUGCCCAUCAACUGAAUCUAAUUUUUUUACAUGCGUCAAAAAAUAUUAAGUCCGUUAGUAUUUUUAUAAGCGACCUUACAAUGUUUCACACAUUUUUCAGUAGAUCACCAAAGCGAACUGAGCUACUACGGGAAAAAGGUUUUAAGUUGCCAACAAGUAGCGAAACAAGGUGGAAUUACCAUUCAAGAGCAGCAGCUACUAUAAAUACACAUUUUAAAGAACUACAAAAAGCGAUAUCGUAUGUAACAGAAGAGGAAGACUAGGAUCCGAUUUCUAUAAGUACGGCUUAUGGGUUACUGCAUAAAUUAUCAAAUCCAAAAUUUGUCUAUUUAUUAUGUCUAUUUCAUCGAAUAUUUAUAUACUCGGAUCAUGUAUUUUUAAUACUUCAAAAAAAAAUGCACUGCGGAUGUACAAACUUGCAUAAUUGAAAUAAAAAAUUUAUCUACGCAAUUAUCUGCUAUGAGAAAUGACCAAAAUAUUAUAACCAAGUGUUGCGAAUCUGCAAUGGAAUUGAAUAACGAACUUCAAUAUACAGACAAAGAUGUUAAUAGCCUGAAAAAUCUUACGUUUGAAAUAUUGGACUCAAUAAUUAUCCAAAAUGAAGUUCGACUUCAAGAUUUUCCCGUUUUGAAAUUUAUUGAGCUUGCAAACAACAGCGAGUUUAAGAAUUACAAAAAACAUUUUCCAAUUGAGAAACUAAAUCAACUACUAAAAGUUUUCCCUGGAGUUUUCGAACAAGAGAGAUUACAAAAUGAAUUGAAAGUUAUUUACAAUGAUAAUAACAAACAUCUCCAACCUAAAGAAUUGCUGAACUAUAUUAUUAAAGCCGAGUUACAAGAAGUAUACGUAGAGCUUACAAAAUUGUUACAAUUAAUUUUGUGUAUUCCUAUAACGACGGCUUCUAGUGAAAGAAGUAUGAGUACUUUAAAAAGAAUCAAGACAUUUCUAAGAAAUACAAUGACACACGAUAGAUUCUCAAAUUUGUGUACUAUGGUUACCGAGAAGAAAAUGUUGAGUGAAUUAGUCACUGACCCAAUAUUUAUUGACAAUGUCAUUGACUUAUUUUCUAAGACAAAAAAUAAAAAAAUAAAUUUAACGUAUAAAUUAACGUAAAUUUAUUUUUAAACUAUUCAUCUUGAUGUGA